AUGCCACCAUACCUCAUAGUCGGUGCUUCUCGCGGAAUCGGCCUCGAGUACGUCGUCCAGCUUGCCAAACGCCCCGAUGCAGUGGUCAUCGCUCUCGUCCGCAACCCGGCUAAAUCCACCCAUCUUACUUCUGCCAUUGCAUGUCUCAAGAACGUCCAUGUGGUAGCAGGUGACGUGACCGAGUAUCGCACGCUAGAGCUUGCCGCGAAGCAGGUGGCAGAAAUCACUGGCGGAGGGUUGGACUACCUGAUCCACAACGCUGCCAACUUGGACCCAUCUACCUUCUUUAAAGGAUUCGACGACUACACCGAUGUGGAACAGCUUGACGCCGAUUUCAUUGAUGCGUUCAAGAUUGAUAGUCUCGGACCUGUCCAUAGCAUCAGGGCGUUCCUACCCCUCCUCCGCGCGUCCUCGACCAAGAAGAUCAUCGUCCUCAGCACAGGGGUCGUCCGGCACCUCGGCGUCGCGAACAUCGCGGCGUACUCGAUGACGAAGGCUUCGGGCCUCCUCGCGACCACGAAGUACGCAGUCCAGCUCAAGGACGAGGGCUUCGUCGUCAUCAGCCUUAACCCGGGGCUCGUAGAUACCUCUGCCACCGCCAUCAAUGACAGUGCGUCACUUACUUUCGAGCCGACGGCGAUUUCGUUUCGCGUGAGCUGA